AUGACACAGACUAUAGAGCCCUGUGGACUAGCGGAGGACGACGACGCUUCUUACCAGACUUUCUCCUCGAACCCUCUGGUGGAAUCCUCAGCCUCGUCUCAGCCAACCUACACAACUGCGGGGACCAUCUACAAUCCCAAUUCUUCGCAGCGACUCCAGCCCCCCGCUCGCCGUGGCCGCUUGCUCAAGUUGAACUCCGAAGCCAGCGGAUUCCCUCUUGACGCUACAAAGUUUGGCACUCCCAGAACUAUGCUCCCCGACACACAGUUCAGAUCCGACACCAGCGUCAAAGUGCCGGCUGCCCCUGCAGCUAUUCAGCAGUAUAGCCCUUUACAGCAAAACUAUGAUCGCGCUGUUAGCCCUGUUGUUAGCCCGCACCAAGAACCCAUAAUGUCAUCUCACGGCCUUAGACGGCAUAACACGUCCCUCCGUGCUGGAGCUGAUUCGCCAUCACUCUCCCUCUUUGAUAACGGCAAAGGGAAGGCGGUCAUGAUAAACAAUGAUAGUUCUAGUGAUGAUGAGGACGACAUCGUCAACAGUGCCCUAAUGAACAUGACCGUCAAAUCUCUUCAAAACCUGGCUUCGUAUCCGAACCCGAACCAAAAGAACGCUCAGAAAGCGCUCCUUCGGGGGACAAGACCAAAGGCCGGCAACAGCCUAAGCGGUGGCCCAUCCAGGCUGAGCACCCCUUUCACAUACCGCAACGACAGUCAAGGUGGAGCGCGGAUCUCCUCAAGUGAAGAAGUCUCAAUGGGACUCAGGCCUAUUCUGUCGGAACCCGGCACUCUGUACCAGAGAACCCAGGACAGUCGAUGGAGGUCUCGAAAGAUGGCAUCGGAAGCUGGGGCAAGUGGUACCUAUCACGGCGCCUUUGAAUCGCGGCUUUCGACUCCCUCUACAAACAGCGACAACGCAGAUCCCAAUCCGUUGGCAUCCAUGCAUCUCGCCACAGGUCCAGGUGCGCCCAAACCCUUGACUGCCGGGCCUCCUGGACAACGCCAGUAUCGUCCUUCAACCUUUGAAUCAACAUUCAAAGCUCUUACGACCCGAUCGGCAGCCUCUCAAGGUUACAUCGCCGAAGCUGAUGAUGACCGUCCUUCAUUUGUUUUCAAAGUGUUCAACACCCUGCCGUCGACUCCUCAAGAGUCCGUGGAAGAAGAUGAAGAAUACAUGUCAGCUCCUGAGUCAUCAUUCAUUACGUCCAAGACCAUGCCGGCACCUUCCCAGAGCCCGUUCGCUGAGUAUGAGGAGAAUCCGAUGAUUUCUCCCGACACCCUGCUGUACUUGACCAUCAACUCUGACCCCGACUGGACCCCAGAACAAAGAUGCACCGCUGAGUAUGCUUAUGGGUCUACCUGCCAAGUCUAUGAGAAGGUUGGAGCUAACAUUGCAAACUCUAGUGCUCAGAGACAGGGCUACCCCGGUUCAGUUGGCUCGGGAAUGUACCAUGCCCAGGAAGAAUGGGACGAGCCUACUGGCCCGAUGUUCCCCCAGUGUAUGGGAUAUCCAGGACGCUUGACUGCGAGGGAGAUUCAAGAGCACAAUUGGCGACUCAACAUUAUGUGGUAUGCAGGAACUGGUUUACUGGGGGACAUUGAUGCGGCAGAAGUGCUCUCCCGGCCUGCUAGCCAUAAUGUUAGCCCACCGGCAACAAGACAUAUUUACGGCGCAGUGGGCGAGGGCCGUCCCAGCCAAACUAGACAGGAAAGGCCCGCUGCUCAAGGAAACGCUACUUGGUCAUCGAGAAGCAUGUCAUUGAAGUCUGUCGACAGCGACGUUACGAACGGCCUCGCGCUUUUGGACCAGGUCUUGAGCAGGGCUGCCUGA